GCUCCUGUCAUGGCAGCGCCCUUGUAGUUUCUACAAGGUAACGUGCUUGAUGCCGCUUCAUGAAAUAAGUAGGCCCUACGUGUAGUUUCUAUUCUGCCUUAGUUUAACGUAAUAGGAUCCACUGUACAUAUUUAUUACGUAAUCUAAUUGAGACAUCCAUUGAUCCAUUUGUGCUUAAUUUGGAAAUAACUAUUGGCAAGCAGCGUUGAAACUUUGACUUGGAUAGGCCUACUUCAAACUUGGAAGUUGGACUUCGAGCCGUGCACAUUUGAAUAUCGAAUGCAUGUGGGUAUUAAUGCGAUGUGUCAGCGGAGCAUAUUCGGAAAACUUUUCCGAUGUGUCAGUCUUAUCCAAGGAGAGUCGAAAUGCGGGAUAUGUCGGAGUCGGAUCUCGUACUUGUCCAGGCAAUUCUGCACUGCAGUACAACAGAUGGGUGUUGUCUAUGAAUCGGUUUCCAAUGAUAUCUUCACCAACUUAGCAUUUGAAGAUUGGGUUUAUAACAACCUGGAUUUAAGUCAAACUAAUCUGCUACUACUGUGGCGUAAUGAUCCUUGUGUUGUGAUUGGUCGGCACCAGAAUCCUUGGGCUGAGUGUCAACUCAGGCAGCUCUGGGGGUCAAAGGUCAAGCUAGCAAGGAGACGAAGUGGUGGCGGCACUGUUUACCAUGAUUUGGGCAAUCUCAAUUGCACGUUUUUCACCAAUAGGAAGCAUUACCUGCGAAAAGGAAACUUGGAGCUUAUAACCAACGCACUCAAGUCCCGAUGGCCAGGGUUGAAUGUGACUGUGUCAUGUCGGGACGACAUUCUGCUUGACAACUUUUACAAAGUGUCAGGUUCAUCUUCCAAGUUGGGACGUCAGAUAGCUUAUCAUCACUGUACUCUACUACAUAGUGUGAACACGUCUGAACUCAAGUUACUCCUACACUCUGAAAAGGAAGGAAUGACCAACAGAGCCACCAAGAGUGUACAAUCUGCAGUCAAGAAUCUAUCCAAUAUUGAUGCAACUAUAAGAUACUCAACCCUGGUCAAAGUCAUAGCUGAGAAAUUCUACUCACAGUACCAUCCAUUACAUGAAAAAAAGGUUUACCCAGUCGAUCCAUCUUCUGAACUAGAUUGGCCUGGAGUUCUUUCAAGCAGAGAAGAACUUACUAGUUGGGACUGGCUGUAUGGGAAAACACCACAGUUCAGCGUAAAAAGAUCCCAUGAUGAGGUGUCCGUGUUAGUCCAUGUGAACCAUGCCCACAUAUCAGGAGUGAUCUUACAAGCACCACAUGGUUGGCUGGAUACAAGACUUAUACAGGAGUUGACGGAACGCUUAGCAGGACAAAAAUUCUGGCCAGCAGAUGUAGCCCAAAUCACUGGCACUUUCCUGACAUCAAUCAGCGCUGACCCAAAUACAAGACAGAGGCUCCAUCUUGUCUGUAAUCUUUUGCAAGAAACGAUGUCUUGAGCAGCUAUACUGAA